AUGGAACAGAAGAAUGUCGACACGGCACUUCAAGCAUACAAUGAAGAAGCUGACACAAUUCGGAUAGAGGAAAACUUGGAAGAACUGGAGGCAGCAAUGGAUGUAGACACGUCAACACAGGACACACCAAGAAUCAAACUAGCACCCGUUCCGAUACCAACUUUCAACGGAAAGGAAUAUGGACGAUGUCUACAAAAUGAACUACCUCGUGAACGCGAUGAAAGGAGAAGCUCUGGAUUCGCUGAAGGAAUUCGAAAGCGGAAACACCUAUCAAGCGGCGGUCAAACAUUUGAAGUCCAAAUACGUAAACAAAGAACUCCUCGUUACGCAACUCGUGCGGCGCUUGGAGAAAACAAGGGCCAGAAGCAAAUGGAAGACCAACAGAAACUGUGCGAAGAAAUUUCGUCAAUAGUCAAUCAAUCACAGCUCAAAGGAGAAGGGAUUGAUGCAGCACUGCUUCAACAGCAAGUGCUUUCAAAGUUUACUGAAACACUUCAGCGACUAGUUCUUCGGAAAAAACGAGAAUCGGAUGAUUGGACCACAAAAGUGCUUCUGAAGACAGUGGAGGCGCACAUCCAAACGGAACUGGAGAUUCAGCGGUAG